AUGUCACAAAGCUUUCAAUGUCUUCUGAUAAAACUUUUCAUUUUUGACGUGUUGACGCGUUUCAUUGAAACCACAACUGCUUACAAGUAUGAAGCAAUCCAAACACAGACCACGGUUUCCGCUAAACAGUCAGCCCAGGUUAUGGAAAAUAUAUGCUAUGUCGAUUUCCUACCUCUGAUCUCGGAUUUAGUUGAAUGCAUUUGCGAAUUCUAUCAGUAA